GUCUCCACCACCACCACCACCCCCAAGCAUCAUCAUCAAUUUCAUCUCACUGCUCUUCUCAAAUCUCAAUCAUAUGUUAUUUAUUUAAGUAUGUCAUAAUGCCCCACUAGAAUCCCACUCCUCUCCAUCUCUUUCUAGCAUCUCAAACCAACCAUCGCUCUCACAGACAUUUUCACAAACACCUUCCCCGCACCCCCAUCUGACCUCACAUUAAAUGGACGAGAAAUGGAACCCAUCAAAGAAGGAAGGUUCAGGAAGUUACCAUGCUUCCACGAGCGCCAAGUCGUCGUUCACGAGGAGUGGUUCGACCUCGAAAUCGCCAUUGCUGCGAUGCUCUUCGCAGAAAAGCUUCGCAGGUUCCAAUUCGAAGAGCCCCCACGAUCUCCCCCGCAGUUACUCGCAGAAGAGCUCCUCUUCAAUUGGGCGCAAGUACAGCAGCUUGGCUAAGGAACAGAAGGCCCGAUUCUACAUCAUGAGACGCUGCGUUGCCAUGCUCGUCUGCUGGCACAAGCAUGGCGAUUCGUAACGUAAGAUCCGCCCCCAUUUUCCGUCGCUCCCGAGAUUUGAUUUCUUCCCUUUCUUAAUUCGUAGUGGAUCUUGAGAUCCUUUGAGAAAUUUAUGUAAAUUUUCUGCAACCCCAUCUAGUGCUUUCUUCGAUCCAAUUAGAUUCAAAUUGUAAUUACAUUGAUCAUGAGUUCAUGGCCUAAACGCAGAGCAGAUCGAUCCCCUCCGCCCACUA